AUGUCAGACGACCCUGUCGAGGGCAUCUUCGACAGGGACGACAUUAGAUUGGAAGUGACUAAUCCGACGGCCGAUCCACCCACUGAUGCAGCACCAAUGGAGGAUCAGAUGGAGACGGCGGACGAGACUGAAGUUCCCAAUCCGAUCUUGUCAUCCAAAGAGCGGCUCCUUGGAAUUAGAAAGAGAAGAGCCUCUGCCAAAAUUCAAAUUGAGCCAGGGGACGUUAUAAUGGAGAAGACUCCGAUUGGGGGUAGGCUUAAGUUCUCUGAAAGGCUGAAGGCUAUAUUCAAGGAGGACUGGAAUCGUAUGGUGGUUGUGUCGCUGAUUGGGGAAGAAUUAACUUACAGAGGCCUUUGGAGCACCUUUCCAGAUAAGGAAUUGGAGGAAAAAGUUCUUGAGGGAGGACCAUGGUACGCUUCCCCAGCUCAGAAACGGAGUGAAUCUAGUAGGCAAAUUGUAGGAUCAAAAACUUCACAGAAAAAGCUUGAAAAUCCGAAUAGGUAUGCCUACCCCAUCUUAGAUUGGGAACCGGAGUUUGCUCGACCUUUUGAUGGAGGGAAAAAACGUUAUAUAGUCACAUAUAAUUCGAAGGAGGCGCCACCAAUUGAGCAGGCGUCAUCGAUGGUGGUGGACUCGGUAAAUGAAUUAAGCAGACCUCCUGAUUCCCCGCAAGGAGAGGAAGGGGAGAAGGGAGUGCAGCCAGAUAUUGUGAUGCCGGAUUCAGACGACUCGUUCCUCCGAAAGGAGGAUCAGGAGGACUAUGGAUACUUUGGGAUGAAAAUAAUGUUAAGGUCAGCAUUUCGGCAUCAGCUAAUCAAUGGGUUCAUUUCUGCUAGGAAGUGA